GAGCUGGACAGUGAAUUUGACCAGUGUGCUGUCUGUAUAGAGCCGUACAAAGCCCAUGAUGUCAUUCGGAUCCUGCCCUGUAGACAUGUCUUUCACAAAUCAUGUGUAGAUCCUUGGCUGUUGGAUCAGAGGUCAUGCCCUAUGUGUAAGCUGGACAUCCUCCGGGCAUUCGGCAUGCAG